AUGCAAGGACCCCAAAGCUUCCAGCAGAUAACAACUUCAGUGACGGCCAGUGCUCCAACAGUCCCGUCCAAGGAGCAGAGCUCCAAUCUUUUUUACGCAUCAAAUGGAAGUCAAAUGUUAAUGGCUCCGCAACUCAGUCCAACUCAACAUCCCCAACAACCGGCACACAUGUAUCCCGUGAACGCAACAGCAGUUGAUGCUAGUAAUGCGGCUCUUGCUGGUUUUCGUCGACUUCUGGCUGAAUUAAAGGCCAAAAAAUUCGACCAAAUUCGUUUUGCUGCGUACCGUACCGCAAGCAAACUGCGGUACAUCCAGAAGCGGACCCUACUAAGGAGAAUCCGAUGUGCCCUCGGGCUCAAACUGAAGGAGGAGGAGGAAGAGGAUUGGGGUAGGAGUAGCAUUAUCAUCGUCAUCAUCUUCGCCAUCGUCGUUGUAGUCAUCUCCGCCACUACCAUCAUCAACGUCAUCGUCACCACCACCAUCACCAUCACAUUAAAGAGGAAAGCAUGGGAGGCUUGUGAAAGUCCACCUUUGCCUGUUGUUGAGGCUGUUGUUAGACAGUCCGGGUUCGUGUCCAUCGUGAAUCACACCGCAUGUGCCCUCCGCGGCAAAAUCAGUUCCAUAGAGCUAUGGCGUCUACUGGAGACAUUCAGGGAGUUGGGGUUACACUCGACAGAUCCAUCUACCAGUCUUAAUCGUCAGGGGACGGAGCAUCUUCUCAACCGAAUCUACACGGCUUUAGUCCCGCUCUACAUUGAAAAGGGCAUUGCCUCAAAUGAAACAGGAGCUCAGUUUGCGAUGGCUCAGGCUGGUGAGAUACUACUGGGAUGGUUGACCUACAUCCUCGAUCCCACCAACUGUGGUCGUCUAGCUGUCAGUGGGCUCAAAGUAGCAUUGUCGACUCUUGCUACUGGAAGACCGAUUGACAAAUUCACUUACCAUUACAGUUUACUGGUGAACUCGGCGGGCGUACUGCAAAUCGAGAGGCUAGAAGCCUAUCUUCAAGAGCUGCUAUCUCUUGCGGUCGGGGUUUUUGAGGAACCCAACUUCUCCUACAAUUCCCAGACCUCCAAAUUCCUUUUUACGGGUUGUGAGGGCUGCAAACGCGAGCCAAUUGUCGGUCUGCGCUAUAAAUGCACCCGCUGUCCGAGGUAUAACCUUUGCCAGGAUUGUUUUUGGACCGGAAUCACCACAGACCCACACACCAAUAGCCACGAUGUGAAGGAGUACACCUCUGCAACGAAAACGCACUCCAGACAGUUUGGUCACUCCUUGCGAAAGUCCUUUCAAUUCGGACGACAGCAGAGUAUGCCUACUGGCCAAACCGUUCAACCGACACCACAGCAGCAGCAACAACAACAGAAAGUGGCGAACACCAUGGGUGCAGUUCGUCCACCUCAGCAGGCACCUUUUGCCUCAUUUCCGCAGUACCGACUUUGUCGGCCCGGUUUGCCGGCUUCGAUGUUACAGUCGAGUGGCAUGCCUCCGACCUUCUACUACUCCGUGCCCGCACCUGGUUCGGCCGCUCUCGCUCGUCCACCGCCAACACCGGUCAUGCAGACACGCGCCUUCCAUCGAGCCACUUCCGUACCACUUCAGUCACAGGCACCACUGCCACCGCCACCACAGGCUCCACAACAACAAGCGGUCUUUCCACCAGGCUUCAAUGCCACCACGGUGCAACCCCUGCCUUCGCUCGGAAGGGAUGCUUUGCCAACACCAAUGGUGGUGGCUCGAGGUGCUAAUAUGUCACGACAGCAAAUCCAGUCCCAGCGUCAUCUGUCGACAACACAGGCUCCGGUCCAACGACAGCAGCUGUCCGGUUUGCCAUCCCAGCGUCAACUUUCAACUGAUGGCGGCGAGGUUGGCACGGCAAUUAAUGCGUCCACCACACCCACUACUGUUGGGUAUUGCGGAGUUGUCGCCGCACCCGGAAACUCAGAUGCUUCCAUUAUACCACCCAAGAGUAUGGUAGAUGGUACACUAGGAAGGAAGCACAUUCAACAUGCCACACAGCAGCAACAAUAUCCACUUGAAGGAGGUCUCUUCAGACAGAUGUCAGCCCAGGCUAGCCUCGGACAUCCUGAUGAGCAUAAAAUGAUCGCCAGCUACGCGGCUCGUUUGGUGGCUUCAAGAACCCUUUCUGGACAGGCCAUAAAUGACGCCGUGGGGUCAACACAGUCUCAACGAGAGCUUGUAGCUCAGUUGGAGGCUAAGAACAGAGAAAUUUUGUUGGAAAUACAACGUCUGAAAAUGGAACAGGCAAAUCAGACUGCGGGAAUCGCUGCAGCAAUGGGAGACAGUGGUAUCAAACUACCUCCAACAGGCAUGGUGCAACCACAACUUCCUUCUUCGGACGUCGAAGAUCCACAACUCGUGGCGGAGCUAAACGCGCUUCGUCAGCGCAAAUCAGAACUGGAGGCAAGAAUGAACGACUUGCAGGGUAAUCGACGUGACCUCACAAUCCAACUGGAGACACUAAUGCGCCUAUUGAAGACAAGUCCAGGCCAGUUGGGAAAACUGAAUGAGGACUUGACAUUUGGUCCUCCAUACCAUCAACAAAACUACUCUUCACGACCGCGAACAGCAAACGCAAUGCUACCUAGACGAAGCUGUAGCCUUAUUCGUCGCAGCAGUGGUACACGGGCCUCUCUGGAAGCUCUCACUAACGAGACGGGUCAUCAGCGAUCGUUAGGCACAGAAUCACUGCUAACCACUGCAGGCAUGAAUGAACAGACGGUGGGAAACACAAUGUCAUUGCAAAGACGAGGCAGCAAUCGUCUUCUCUCCCCACAACAUCAAAUGGCCGACGUUUCGCACAAAAGUCGACCACGAAACCUCUCGCACUCCGUCGGCCCGGCAACGGGUGCUCUGCUCAGAGGGAGCUCAACCGCCAUGCCGGUUACAUCUGUGAUGGAGAAGUGGCAGGGAUACCCGGGAAUAUCAGGGCGAGGAACGGAUGUAGUCUGUUCACCCGAACCCGCUCAUGGCAGUAUUCUGGACUCCAAGGAACGCACGGCUGGCAACUCACAACACUCCUCGAAAGUCACUCUGGAGCUAAGUGGCAAUCAGGGUGCUUCAAAUACCAGACAGUGUGAGGCUUUGUCAAUAUCAGUGCGAAGUCAGCAGUGUCGCUCUCCACUGAGCGGAGUUGGAAGUGGAGCAUAUUCGGCCGAAUCAGACUGUGGUGAGUCGUCGCAGACUUCGCGGCGACGGCCUUUUAACUGUGCUGCGGCAUUCGAAUCUCCUGGUGGUUCGGGCAACAUGAGCUCUUCAACCGACGCCUAUCUCUACUCCGAUCCAGAGAUGUUGGGCACCGGGUGGCAGGAUAGCAGUGGCGGACGCAGAAAUCAAUUCAAUAACACCAACAAAAUCUCCGUCACCACCACUGCCUCCACCAGCAACACUGGCGUCGAUCAGACCUCCAGCGUCACUGUAGUCUCAGCUCCCGGGGCUAGUGCAUCGGUGAAUAGCAUAGAAAAAAAAUUGAGUGGAGGAACGGUAACGAUCUGCGAAAGUGAUCUCGUUGCGUAG